AUGCUCGAUGCUGGCGGUGGGUGUCGGGGCGCAGGGCUGGCGGGCGGACACAACGGUGACGGCGACGGCGACGACGAUGGCGAGGAGUGGUAUCCUGUCUCCUGGGGCCCUUGGACUACUGCUAGAUGGCUAUUUACAUGGCAGAUAAGAGUCGUUUCUUUCUACGACAGCUACGGGCUCCCCGGCAGCGGCAUAACUAGCUACGCACAACAUCUACACGGUGGUGGUGACACUGAGGACGGCCGGAUGUCGGAUGGCAUCAACCCCCGAAACGAUGCGAUUAGACGCUUCCAUGAGCUGGAGAAGCCCGAGUUAUCCAAAGCUACUGCUGUGCAACGGGCUGCGUACGCAUUUUUCGUCUCUGGUGGUUGGCUUGCUGCUCAGCAUCAUCCUACAGAACGUGCAGAGCCAGACAGCCAUCUCGGACAACGUCUACCAAACAAAGCAUCUCGCCCGCCAACCGUGAUAGGAAGAUCGGACAUGGAGCAGACGACUAGAUGGCUGCUCGUUUCUCCAGGUAGUAAACCCGGUGAGAGAUGGGUGGGCGAACAGAAACUAUACGGGAUACUCCGUACUAUCUAUAUCAAUAUCUGGGUCAAACAGGAUAACACAGACACAGCUAACUAUAUUAUCCAUAUUAUUCGAUCUGUGACCAGUCGGCCACAUCAGCCGCCUCUCCAUUCGUCCAGGGAUUUGACUAGUUAA